AAUUGACAAGAGUGGAAUUGGAUAGUUGGCUGGAGUUGGUUCAGGUGUAGCACCGACGCGUUUACAUGCAACAGUGACUCUAUCCCUUAAUUAAUCAGUUAUUAUUCCUAACUUGUUUACUGUAUUUGGCAAAUUCAAGAAAGCCUAAUAUUUAAUAAAAAUAUAAAUCAUGCAUCGGCAUGCCUGAGAAAAGGAAGAGGAUAGAUGGAGAAGGUUCUUGUGGUGCUGCUGGCUUAUAGCAUAGUAUAAUAUGCUUGAUUUACCUGAGUACCGAGUAUAUUUCAUCAACAAUGGAUGGAAUAAUACAUGUGAAUCAACAGCAAGGAAUACAAGCCAUUAAAAGACACGGAACAUUGAAUAUAAAAAUAAACCAACCAGAGAAAGGAUUGAUUUAUUCAAUAAUUGGAUUCAGACUGAUCAUCAAGAAAUAUAAACGCAAGAGAAAUAUUUUGAAACCUCGCUCUUACAGGAUACGAACUAUCAAUGGUGUUUCUGGCUAUUGGAAAAUCAAAAAAAAUCGACUAUCAUCUGUCAAGGUAUAUCGAAGUCUACCUUUAUAUUAUUAUAAACGAAUGAAACUAAAAGAUAAAACAAAACAACAUGGAAAUAGGGAUCGUCGAUCACUGAAUAAUACAUGGGGUUCAACAGAGAAUGAAAAAUUAUUUACUGAAAGACAGAAAUUCUUGUGGGGCAAGUAUUUAAGAUCAGUGUCAGCUGAUAAAAUUUCAACGCCCAAAAAUGACAAAAAAAAAGUUAUAAAUGAGAAAAGUAAACUUAAAUUUCCAGAGGGGAAAAAUAAACCAAUAGAAUCAAUGAAAAACGAUGAUAAUCAAUCCCCAAAACUAAAACAACCGUCAAAGAUUGGGGAUUUUAUAAACAAGUACAAUUUUGAAACUCCUCGUUCAUGCAACAAAAUUUCGGAAUCCGGAGAUAAGUUUAAUUUUUCCGGAAGUGGAUCUAAGUCCACGUUGAAAAAUCGUGACCGGAAGUCUAACAUUCCAGUAUUGAAGAGAAAUGUUCGUGAAUUCGAGGACAUUACAAGUUCACGUGAAUCUACGAGACGAUCUCUAAUACCUCAACGAUUAUAUCGUGGUAGUACCGACGAUCUGCGACGAUAUCGAGACGAUAGUAAUUCAUCAAGUCUUAUUCCAAAACUUUCAUUAUUUCAAAAAAAUAAAGAUGAUAGAAUUAAACGAAUAGAAGAGAAAGAUAAUAAAGAAAAGCCAAUUUCCCCUAGUAUUUCUGCCAUAAAUAGUAAAAUAGAAUUAACACACAUUACUCAAUAUAAUAUGGAAAAAAAGGUAUGUUCUCAAGAAUGUAAUUCAAUGAUGGCUAAUGAAGCAAUUAUGAUGAAAAAGGAUGAAGAAAAUAAACCAGAUAUGGAAAGCUUUAAUAUUUAUUCUUUAAACAAUCGGGAAGAAAAUUUGGAAGAUGAGAAAAAACGAGAAAUGUUUAAAAUAGAGGAAUUACAAACUAAGGGAUUUAAAGAAGAGCUGUUGAAUAAUACAGAUGAUACUGAUGAUACCACAAACAGACGUUCAUCAAGUCAUUUAUCACCAGAAGCAAGUCCAUUGAGUACUAGGUCAUCUCGAUACAGUCCUCGUGAAAGCGAGAGUGAGCCAACACCUGGUCUUCCUCGGAAAAUUACAGCCAGUGAAUCUUUUAUAUCAUCUCAAAGAAUUCGUGAUGCCAUUACGCGAUCCAGACGAGAGUCUAAUAACAGUGCACGAUAUGAAAGCAGUGGUAGUGAGAGUAUAAGAUUAAAUGAAUCAGGAUUAUACGAUUACGUAGAUUUAGGAAAGAAGACAAGAUCUUACGAGAGCAACUAUUACGAUCCAAGAUCUUGUGCAGAAAACAGUAAAAGAAUACAGCGUGAUAGUGCUACAAGUGCUGGUGAAGACGACUUCAACGAGCAAUGUCUCUCACGUUCUGAUUCUAAUAAAUUCUCCAACGUUUCAUCGCAGGGAAGAACCAUAUUGCGACGACGCAGGCAAUUUGAUUCACAAGGUUCACGAAGAAGAGGAAGAUCUUAUGCAAGGUCAUUCUGCAACGAAGAAUUACCAAACUUACCAAUAACUCGACAACCAAAUUUCCUGAGGAGUAACGAUCAGUUUCAUGGCCAAGAUCUUCCAAAUCCUGAUUAUAGACGUCUAGUUUUUAUUAGUUCAGACUCAUCAUCAGGACGUGAGGAAGAUGAUGCAGAUAGUAGUUGUUCUGGAUCGUCAUAUUUAACUGGUUUACCACGAAAUAGCCAUGCUCAAAAUCUUGAAGAUUGCGAUUGGGAUUACUUCGAGAGCGAAAGUUUACGUUUACCAUCAAUUUUGCCAUCUCGUAGCAAAUCUCGAGAUAUUACUGAUCUAAAAGAUUCCAAAAAUGCGUGGGAUUGUUGUUUAGGACGCGGAUCAGGAGCUUGUCUGGCUUGUGGUAACUCAUCAAGUAGAAAUGUUCUUCCUGUACCAGUGCCUAUACCAGUGCCUGUACCUUAUCCAGUGCCAGUGCCGGCUUCUCUUUGGAAUAACGGUGAUUUCGCAGCAGCAGCAUCUUCUAUGAUUACAACUUGUGCCAAUUCAGACAACAAUUUGAGUUUGAAAAAUGUUCCUUCAAUAACUCCGUGGUUCUCUUGGCCAAAUCCCAAAUUUAAUCCGUCUAAAGUUCAUAGAACAAGUCUUCAUUGUGAACCACAAAUCAUCGAUCAAACCUUCGAUUCAUCUUUUUUCACAUUUCAUCCUUCAGAAAUAUCCUUCGCACGUUACGGACAUUUUUAUGAUAAAAACUUAAAGAUAUCAUCAUCAUCAUCAGCGUCAUCAUCAUCAGAGAAAUCAAAAUUAAAUUCAUCAAGUGACAUUCAUGUAAAGCAAUUGAAUUGUGAUGAAGAAGAGUGCCAAGAAAAUAAAAGUGUUAGAGUAAAAAUAGAUAAAUUAAAAAAGACUGAAGGACAACAAGAAAUGAUACCGCUUGAUGUCAAUUUUAUUCAAUCCGAUAAAUCAUAUGGUCCUGUUAAUAGUAAUAAUCGUAAUUUUAAUAAAGACAUAAUUGAUGAAUCAUCGCUUGGCGAUGAGGACUACAAAUUAGUUCAAGAUAACAGUGAAGUGAAAGAAACCUCUUUAGUAUCAUUAGCAAAUGAAUCGAUCGAUACUAAUCAAAUAGUGUGCUGUCUGUCACGAGGAAACUCUACAAGUUCAUCUGACAAUUCUUCGGCAAGUAGCAGUGAUCUUGAAGAUUCAGCGCCUCAUCGAUUUUCUCGAGUGUUUGUCGUUAAUGACGAUUCAUUAGCGAGUGACAGCAAUAAUUACGAUAUGAAUGACCACGAGGAUAAUGACGAUGACGAUGAUGAUAAUGAUGAUGAUGAUGAUGACGACGACGAUGAUGACGUUAAUGAUGGAGUUAUGGAGAAUAAUAUUGUGUUAAAACGGAUAAGUCAAUUACCAGAUACAUUAUCAUCUAGCUUGGAUUUUCAGAGAAAUUACACUCAGAACAAAGAUCAAUUUAAAGAAAAAAUUUCAAAAAUAAAAAAUUCUAAAUACUACAUUUCAGCAAAUAGAGUAAGUAAGACUGAUGAAAGUGAGUUGAUAGAGCACAAUGAAAUUUAUGUUGCUGAUUCUGACGAUUGUUCAGAUAACCAUGUGAAAUUAAAAUCUAUUAGACAAAUUAAUCCUGAUGAAAUUGAGUUGUCUCUAUUCACUUCAGAAAAAAUCAACAACGAUACUAAAAAAGAAGAGGACGAUACUUUUGAAAAUAACUCUGAUAUUUUUCAUGCGUGUGACAGUAGUGUUGUACCAGAUUCGUUAGAAAUUGACACCAUUAGUGAUCAGAAAUGCACAAGAAGUAUUUCCAGUUUAUCUACAAUAAGAAAUAAUGAAACUUUAAAUAGUAGUAAACUCGAUAAAAAUCAGUUGGAAUCGAUAAUAAACGAAGAACUUAUAAAGAAUCAUUCCGAAACUUUACCAUGCAUUGAAUCUCCACAAUUGAAAAGAAAUGAUGGUGAAAUAAAUAAUGAUAAUGAUACAUUAUUGAAAAAUGAUGAAACUUUAAUAAAAAAAAUAGAGUCAAUAACAUUAUUAAAGGAAGUUUGUAAAACAGAGAAUUGUCCAUCCUUAUCUUCAUCAUCAACGUCAUCAUCAUUGUCUUCGUCUACACAAAGACCUAACGAUCACGAUACCACAGUGGGAAAUGAAAAAGCAUUUGAUAGUCAGCAGGUGGGAGAAAAUAAGGUGGUAGACGGUGUUGUUAGCAGUAAUGGAACAAGUGAAAACGGUGGGGAGACAGUAGUGCGGGGAACGGCACGGUUUCGCUCAGUCGAGCGACGCCCGCCUACUCGAAAAGAGAAUGCAUUUUUAUCAUCAAAAGCGUCCAUUGAGGUUAAAGAUCAAAUCAAUAGUACAAAUAUUCUUGCUACAAACAAUAAAUAUAAAAGUCUUGUAAUGAUUACUCAGGGCGCGUACCAGCCAGUAAGUGUCAUUACUUCUGAUACAACUACAUUGUUACAACCGGAUGAGUCUCAGUCAUCUCAGGGCCUGGCCGGUUACUACCAUCUGGCGCUCGAAGCGUUAACGGAAACAAACCAACGAAAUGGACAAGGACCUAAAAGACCAUUGACGGUUAAACGAUUGGUAACAACAUCUAAUGAGCAACAAGUUGAUGGCGGAUCGAAUGUAGAGAAUGUAGGGAGUGUCAGUGAGAGUGAUGACGUUCAAUUUAUGAGGACAAAUAACAUUAAACAUACGGCUGAUAUCUCUCCAGUAAAAGAAAAUAGAAAUUUAUGUGACAGAACAAAUACUGAUAUUAAGAAUGACACUAUCGAAUCUAUUAAAUCAUCUUCACCACAAAGUAGUAAAAGUGGUGAGAAUGUUAUUAAUACUAGUGAUACGGUGAUACUUGAAGAAGGUUUAGCUGAUGAUGAUUCUUGGGUGGAAGAAGUUUCUCAUGAUGAGGAUGAACAGAGUGGAACGACUCUUACUGAAGAGAGCUCCGAGGAUGAAGUCAACAAUCUUGGGGAUCGUGAAGAAGAAUUGCGGGGUUACCAUCGUCAAGCAAUUGAUUUUACUUUGCAUACAAUUGUUGAGGAAUCGUGUGAAGAGAGCGAGGCUGAAUUUAGUCUUAACUCUGGUAAUUGGAAAAAGAAAACACCAAGGCCUCCUUCUACUUCCGAAUUGGAGAAAUACUUUUUUUUUGGACUUGGCGGCGAUAUUAAUUCCAUCAGUAAUAAUAAAGAUGGCAAUCACUUGAAUAAAAACAACGAAAAUAUUCAUAGUUUUAGUAAUAAUAAUAUUUUUGAUAAUGAUAGUACCAUAAACAACGAUACUGAUGAUAAUUGUGAUAGUAAUAAUAGCAAAAAUGAUAACGAAGGUUUAAAUACUAGUGAUGAAGUGGAAAGUAAUAAUGAUGGAAUAUCUUCACAACUAAAUCAAGAGGCUGAUAGUUUUUCUGAAACCUGUUCUGUUUAUUCAGAAGGUCUUGAAUCAUUAGGACACGAUAAUAAUGGAAAUAACAGUUCUGGAAAUGAUAAAAGUGCCAAUGAUUUUGCCAAUUGUUCUAGACUCGAAAAAUAUUUCUUAUCUGAGUUCUUAGGAUUCAAUGAAGAUCGAAGAGAUUCUGAUGGUUCAGUAGGAAGUGAUUCCGAGGGUCGACCAAGCCCUGAAGCUCAACGACGUAAAAGACUUGUAAGAGCUAGAGGUACUGGAAGAUCACACAGUUCAUCAUUGGAUAAUUUAUUGGCUUUAACUCAAAGUGGACAAAAUUUAAGUCUACAAAAUUCAUUGCAAGACUUGAGCAUCAAUCAAGACUCAGCAGAUACUCAUUCGGAUGAUUCAUCCGUGGAAACAGCUGAUGGCCAGAAGGAAGAUGGACAAACAGCUGUAUUUGGAGCUGAAGGUCAGUUCGAUACAGUAAAGAGAAAGAAGAAAAAAUCCAGAAAUCUAGGUACACAAAGCCCUCGUGUUGUUGAAGAUCGAAAUAAAAGCCCAGAAAUCCAAGAAGAAAACUGUGAUAAAUUUACGGAAGUAUCGAAUCAUAAUCCCAAUGAAUCACAAACAAAUAAUUCUAGCGAUGAAAAAUCUAAAAGUCCUCAACCCGAGUCUAUAUCAAAUACGCUAUCUUCAACACCAAUCACAGAUUUUUCUAAUCAUCAAAAUAAUAAUGAUGAUAACGAUAUAAAUUCUGUUAAGCAGCAAUCACGUGAUUCCGGAUUUGUUGGUAGCUGUGAUGAUCUCAUUCAUCAUCAAAAAUUACCAAAUGACCAAAAAACUGAUAGUAGUAAUAAAGAUAAUUCGAAUAAUUUGGAAAAUAAAAAUGGAAAUAUUCAUAAUAAUGAUCCUAAAGUGAAUUUAUCUGGAACAAAUGAACAAAUAAAACAAACGCAAAAUAAUUUAUCAUUAAAUGCAAACGUUUCGUUAUCAAGAAAAGAUAGUUUUAAUAACUGGUCAAGUGAUGAAGAAACUAACUUGAUGAUGUCCAAAGUCCGUCAGUUCUUUAAAACUAUGGUAGCUAAUUCCAAUAUUCAGAGUUCUAAUGCAACCACAAAUAACUCCAGUGUUCAACAGCUCGAAUCUCCUGUUCCGAGUCCUAGUUUAUCAGGAGUAACAUCUAAUAAAUCAAGAAUAUCCAUUCAAAAUCGUACAAAACCUCCACAAUUAGUUUACUUUGAAAAUGAAUUAACGAGAUUAAUGAAAACAGUUCCUGGAAUUAAAGACGAACAAGUACGAGAAAUCGUUGAAUAUCUCAGUUCAGAAGAUACUUGGUCUGAUUCAUAUGAUAGUUCAGACUAUACAAGUUCUGAUUUAGAAGGUGCUGCUGGUGGACGACGUUCAGCUCUGCAAGAACAAAUAUCACAAAGCUGCCAGCAAAUAAUUAACAAAUUUGAUAUAAAUUCUGUCGAAAGUACAACUAACGUAAUUAUUAAAAAUAAUUCUAAUAUUAGUAAUAAAAAAAAUCAUGCUGGUAAAUCUGGCAACGAUGAUGAUGACGAAGACGAUGAUGACGAUGAAGAGAAUAAUAAUCGACACCGUCAUCAUCAUCACCAUCAUCACCACGUUAAUAAUAGUAAUAAAAAGGUAGACAAAAAGGAAGACUUUCCAACAGUAUCUAAACAAGCAUGCAUGGGACGUGACACAGCAUUUGUUUAUCAAAAACUUGUUCAAAGUUUCACAAAAAUGGCUGGAGAUAAUAUCAGUUCAGAUGCCAGUUCUACUCCUCAUAGUAGUCCACCAUUAAUAGCAAAAGUUAUGCAUCACAUUGGUAGCAGAUUAGUAGCAUUAAUGCAUCAAGUAUCAGAAAAUAAUCCUAGCUCUCCUCAUCAUUCAUCUUGGCGAAGAUAUCCACAGCAUAAUAGAACACCUUCUUCAGCUUCAACAACUGAAGAUGAUGAUUCAACAUCAGAUUCUAAUCAUACACCAUCGUUUGUACAUUAUCAAUUACCUCGAUCAAAAUCCCAUGAUCCAUUGUUAUUGAUUAGUGGGCAUCCUACAACUGGAGUAAGCGGACAAGAAAGUGAGGAACGUGAAACAAGUGACUAUGAAAGAUUCUCUUGGCGCGGUAGUUUCGAAUCGGCUUUAAUGGCCACUGAUUCACGUACUAAAUUAAGUCUUUUAACUUGUUCGGGUGACAUUAACGCUAGUACAAGCGCCAGUGCUAAUAGCAAUGCUCUAGCAAUGGCAGCUAAAAGACGAAGUGCUGGUGAUUUAUUAUUUAGCCCAAAGAGUUUCUCACGUGAACAAUUAGAUCGAGUACGAAGUUGUGGAUCUAUUGGAGCGGGUGGUGGUACUAAUAAUGAUAAUAAUGUAAAUGAAACAAUUGGAUUUACUGGUGAUGGGAAUAAUGUUGGUGGAUCAGUAGAAGACAAGAUUUGGAAUAAUAGACGACGGUCAUCAGUACCUGAUGCAAAUGCUCGAGGAGAUAUCAAAAUAAUUGGUGAUCAUGAUGAUGAAGAUGAUGAUGAAAAUGAUGAGGAUGAAGACGAUAAUGAUGACACUGAGGAUGAAUUUGAGUUUAAUGGUAAUUCUAGAGCCACAACAUUACCACGAGGAAUGCAAACGACGAUUAAUUCAGUAACAUCAAAUACAACAACAAAUUCAUUACCAAGACUGCCAGGUUCUACAUCAAGUAAUUCAGGAAUAAUAACGACUUCAAUGCAUAAAGCUCACAGCAUGUAUCAUUUUCUUCCCCAGCAUACGGGUGUAAAAUCAGCUAGAUACCGUCCUCCUGGAUUUGCAAGAAAUAGCCUAAGUAAUAAUAACAAUGGUAGUGGUGGAAAUGGUGGUAGAAAUGGUAAUAACAGCGGAAUAGGACCUAAAAGAGCACUAAGUGCUCCAGGACUUCAGAUAGCAAGCUCACAAAAUAUUAGUAUAAAACAACGACAAGUAUCUAGAUCACGACGACGUGAACCAGCUGUUUGUUUGGUACCAGAUGAUGGCAGUAGUCUAUCUGAAGCCUGUAGUACUCCAAUAAUCGGAGGAUCUAAUUCGAAGUUAAUGUCCAGUCGUACAAUGAUUGAUAUUGAUGACUUAGAACGCCAAGGACUGCAUUCUGAUCAUAAUACUAGAGCAUCUUUGUCUAGUCUCGGUGCACGUUCAGAUUCAAUGGCUUCUGUUUAUAGUGGAGCAGGUGAAGGAAAAUGGUGUGGCUCUGUUGCUGUUAGAGGGGAAGUAGAAUUUUCUUUACAGUAUGAUUAUAAACAAUUAACUUUUCAAGUCCAUGUUAGUCAAUGCAAAGAUUUGGCACCGGUUGAUAUUAAAAGAAACCGUUCUGAUCCUUAUGUUAAAGUUUAUCUUCUUCCGGAUAAAUCCAAAGGUGGUAAGAGAAAGACUAAAGUCAAGAAACAUACGUUGAAUCCCGUUUUUGAUGAAACUCUUAAAUUCCACAUCAAUGUGAAUGCUUUAGAAACAAGAACGUUAUGGUUAACUGUUUGGCAUUCUGAUAUGUUUGGAAGGAAUGAUUUCUUAGGAGAAGUUAGAAUGCCUUUAGAAAAUAAAAUUUUUGAUGAUCCCACUCCUCGUUGGUACUUACUACAAGAAAGAUCAGAAUCUUUUGACGAUCCCGUUAUCACUUACAAGGGCGAAGUUAUUGUAGGUUUGAAAUUCGUUCCACCUGAUCCCGUUCAAUUGGAAAGAGAGAGAGACAGUGGAGCUGAGCAACGUCUACUUAAUAAAGGAAAAAAGAAUUGGAGUAAAGGAUCUCUUCAUGUACUUGUCAAAGAAGCUCGACAUCUCCAAACAAGAUCAAAAAACUCUGGAACCUGCGAUCCAUUUUGUAAAAGUUAUUUACUUCCAGACAAAGGUAGAUCAGGAAAACAGAAAACUAAUGUUGUCAGGAAAUCGGAUGGAUCUCCAGUAUGGGGUCAUACAUUUGUUUACAAAGAUGUUAGCCUUCAAGAAUUGGCUGAACGUGGUCUUGAGUUGACUGUAUGGGAUCAUGAUCGCAUUGCCAGUAAUGAAUUUUUGGGCGGAGUACGAUUUAAUCUUGGAACUGGUAAACAUUAUGGAAAGCCAGUUGAUUGGAUGGAUGCAACAGGAAGAGAAUUAUCUUUAUGGCAAAGUAUGUUAGAAAGACCGAAUUUUUGGGUCGAAGGUGCAAUAACACUUCGGCCAAAUUUAUACAAUCAUGGUAAACAUAAUUUUUCUUAAUAUUUUUUAAUUAUGUUCGUAUUAAAUAAUACUGUGGCCUGAAGUACUUUAUAUAAGAAUACUUUUUUCUAUUUAUAUUACUUUUUUAUACAAGGAUUAUUCAAAAAUGGUAUAUUUAAGGACGUUAAAUAUACUAGUUUUCCAAUAAACUCAUGAUACCACUUAUUUCGUAUAAAUAAUAUAAUAUAUUUGAGUUACAUGAUGCAAUAUAACAUAAGUAUUGAAGUAACAGUUAAUUAAAGAAAUGAUAUAAAAGACGUAAAGAAUUAUUGACUUCGUUAAUAGAUUAUAUAAUCGAAUAUCUAAAUGAAAUAUAUAUAAAAUAUUUAAAAUUUAAACAAAAUUGUUGAAUUAAUAAUUAAUUGUGAAUAGAUUUAUGCAUGUGUAUUAUCAAUCUGAAAUGUUUUUCUAAAUUAUUGUUAAUAAAAAUUGAUAUAAAAUUACUGACAUUAAUAUACUAAAUUAUAUAUAAGUUAUGUCUAUUGAAAAAUGUUUAUACAUACU